AUGAAGUUUGUGACUCUUCUUCCGGCGUUUUUGUAUUUAUCGCCAGCACUUUCUGGUUCUCCAGACCGUCCCCACUUUGAGUCGCUAGACCAGUCCUUCGAUAAGUUUCAGCAAAAUGCUAUUGUGAAUAGGAUCUUCGAAGUGAAGGGCUUCGAUGAUGAGAAAGGUGACGACAAAGAUUGCCCUCCCUGCUUCAAUUGCAACUUGCCCAACCACAAAUGUGCCCAAUUCUCAAAGUGUAACACCUUCACUGGCAUGUGUGAGUGUCGCGAUGGAUUUGGCGGUCUGGACUGCUCAGAGCCGUUGUGUGGAUCAUUGGCAAGAGAUAACAAUAAAAGACCACCUAGAGGCAACGAAACCACGUGUGGCUGCGAUAGUGGCUGGGAUGGUAUCAACUGUAACUUGUGCACCGAGGACUCAGUAUGUGAUGCGUUUAUGCCUGAUGGACUCAAGGGGACCUGUUAUCAGCGAGGCGUUGUGGUGAACAAAAUUCAUCAGAUGUGCAAUGUGACGAAUCCUAAGAUCAUUCAGAUUCUCGAAGGUGAGAUCCCACAGGCCACAUUUAGUUGCGAUAGAAAGAACAAUACGUGUGACUUUCAGUUCUGGAUCGAUGAAGUGGAGUCCUUUUACUGUGACUUGGAUCAAUGCACCUUUGACUACGAUGUAGAGUCAAACACCACUCGCUACAAAUGUGAGAAUGUCGCUUGCGAGUGCUUGUCUGGAAGAAUGCUUUGUGGUAAAGCAGGCUCUAUCGACAUUUCUGAGUUUCUCACCAAGAGUAUCAAGGGACCUGGCGACUUUACCUGUGACAUCACCAAAGGUGAUUGCCGCUUCUCAGAGCCAAGCAUGAAUGGCUUGAUUUCCUCGGUUUUUGGAGACCCCUACAUUACCAUCCAUUGUAAGGCUGGUGAGUGCGUGCACAAAAGUGAAAUCCCAGGUUACGAUUUGCCAGACCACAACAAAUUCACGUGGUAUAAUCUCUUCACUAUCGCCGCUGUGGUGCUGGUUGUGGGCGUUGCUAUCAUCACGUCGAUUUAUCAUAUCAAAAACAGCCCAUUCUUCAAGACUGGACUGCUACUGGAGUACGAGGACGGUAAUGACUUCAAUCCAUUGAAUGAAAACUUCACGCCAACCACAUUGUCGUUCAAGGACGUGUCGUACUUUAUUCCAAGCGGCACCCAAGUCUUGAAUAAUGUCUACGGUAUGGUAAAACCUGGAGAGUGUCUCGCAAUCAUGGGCGGAUCUGGUGCCGGUAAGACCACACUUCUCGACAUUUUGGCCGGAAAGCGCAAGAGUGGUAAAAUUGAUGGUGAAUUUUACGUAAACGGCCAAAGCCUUGAUCGACAUGAUUAUAGGAAAAUAGUUGGUUUCGUUGACCAGGAAGAUCAUUUGAUCCCUACUUUGACUGUGUAUGAAACUGUGCUCAAUAGUGCUUUGUUGAGACUUCCAAGAAUGAUGCCUUCACACGCGAAGGUUGCACGUGUGAUCGAAGUCUUGAAUGAAUUGAGAAUCUUAAACAUAAAAGACAGGGUGAUUGGCUCUGAUUUCAACAGAGGAAUUUCUGGCGGUGAAAAGAGAAGAGUAUCGAUUGCUUGCGAGCUCGUGACAUCCCCUUCUAUUUUGUUCUUGGACGAACCAACAUCGGGUCUUGACGCCUUCAAUGCUAGAAAUGUCGUUGAAUGCUUGGUGAGACUCGCAAGGAACUAUGAAAGAACCAUUGUUUUCACAAUUCACCAGCCUAGAAGUAACAUCGUGUCAUUGUUUCACAAACUUCUUUUAUUGAGUGAGGGUGACUUGAUUUAUUCCGGUGAUGCCAUCAAGGCUAAUGAUUUCUUUGGUAGACAUGGAUACAGAUGUCCCCCAGGGUACAACAUUGCAGACUACCUUAUUGAUAUCACUAUGGAUCAUAAGAAGGUUGUCAAAGUCCCAGGAACGGGUGAAGAUAUUCACAGUGCAUUCCAGAAUCCUGAAAAUACUGAGUUUAGUGAAACUAUGGAAUGGGAACACUAUGCCACGCAUCGUGACGAGUACAACUUCCAGCCUCUUGCACAGACUGACAGUGGUGAUAAAAUGGUUCAGCUUAACAAAAAGUUGCCUGAAACUUUUGAUGAGUCUGUUUUCGCAAUCGAGCUCAAGCAAGAGAUUGAGGAGCUGAAGAAUAACACUGCUUCUUUGGAUGUUCUGCAUCAUCUCUUAAAGAAAGCAUCUUUAUUCACUCAGUUCACUGUCUUGAGCUCAAGAACCUUCAAAAACCUUUAUCGUAAUCCGAAGUUACUACUCACCAACUAUGUGUUGUCUUUGCUUGUCGGCCUUUUUUGUGGAUCCCUUUACUACAAGGUUGCAAAUGACAUUAGUAGCUUUCAAAAUAGAUUGGGUUUGUUCUUCUUCAUUUUAGCAUUGUUUGGAUUUUCAUCCUUGACAGGAUUGCAUUCCUUCGCCGAGGAGAGAAUUAUCUUCAUUCGCGAGAGAGCUAACAACUACUACCAUCCAGUCAGCUACUAUGUCAGUAAGGUUUUGUGUGACAUCAUACCGUUACGUGUACUCCCACCGAUCAUUUUGCUCAGUAUAUUGUAUCCCCUUGUUGGUUUGACAAUGGAGCACAAUGGUUAUCUCAAGGCCCUCUUAGUGCUCGUGAUGUUCAAUGUGGCCAUUGCCUCGGAGGUGUUGAUUGUUGGUAUCUUGAUCAAAGAUCCAGGGACCUCGACGAUUUUAGCUGUGUUGAUUUUACUCUUCUCGAUGUUGUUCGCAGGCUUGUUCAUCAACAGCGAGGACCUCAAGGUCGAAACUAAAUGGUUGCAGUGGAUUUCCCUUUUCCAUUAUGCCUACGAAGCACUUGCCAUCAACGAGGUCAAGGACUUGAUUUUAAAAGAGAAGAAAUACGGACUUUCGAUAGAGGUGCCUGGAGCGGUCAUUUUGAGUACUUUUGGAUUCGAUGUUGGCGCAUACUGGAAGGACGUCUCCUAUUUGAUUGGGUGGGCUGCGACCUUCCUUGUGCUAGGUUACGUCUUCUUGCACUACUUGACCUACGAAAGAAGGUGA